AUGUCCAUCCAGAAAGCCGUAGCAAGUGCUUUCGCGGUAACCCAGGAGACAAGCAUUUCUCUCGCAAACUUAAACUUCGACUUCUCCCUAGUCAGAGUGGAUGCUCCUCCGUCAUUCAAGGGGUUGGGAAACGAGCUUACUUCCUCGAGGAAGAAGGCAGCCGAAGAGGGGACGCCGCAUGUUACGGCCCGGAAACUAGGCGCUCUCUUCCUGGAUCUGCUCCCUUCCACGCCUGCUCUCAUCCAGGCGUACGGACAACGGGUCACGCAGAUUGCUUCUCGUCGCGAUGUCAACCCGAAAUCCGCAAAGGUACACGGCCUCUUUGCCGAACACGUCGGCAUUGACGGCACCAGCAUCUGGGCCGCCGCGACAUCCGGCCCGGAAGCCAUCGCCGUUCACCUCCUCACCUGUCUCCUGGCCCGCAUCUGGACCGCUCCAGAGGCGAUCUCGAUCUGGGUUGAGUUGGUCGCCCACAGGAAGCGGGAUCUCGUGGCCGUCAAGGAGACCGGAACGAUCCAUCUGCGAUCCAUCGAGGCUUCGCGGAUAUCAAUAUCCCGCGAACAGUUGGCUGAAUGGGACGCCAGUGCCAGAGCAUGGCUGCGCGCGGCCGACGAGGCCAUGGGCGUCAAGCAAAAACAGCUCAUGUUAAUCCUCAACAAUGUCAAUCUGCCGGUCAACAAGAAGCCGUCUGUCUACUCCAGCGUGAUAGACGCCUGGACGACAUCGUUGGUCGUCGUCGACAAGUUGGUGCAAGGCAUACCGCAGUCGGUUAAAGACGGUAGCGUUGGCCUGGGUCUCGCCUCGUGGCACAUUUACCCAGACAUGCUAGUGCUCGGCGACUCGCAAAAAGAAAUCUCACAAAAGGACGACGUUGUCGCACCAGGCGCUCUUCUCACCAUCGGUCUGCAUCUCAGAGGGCAAGAGCAAACAGGCGUUCACUGGUCCCUGCCGCUUUCUCAUCUACGUUACUACGGGCGCCCUAUCGUCGCCAACAGAUCUCUCGAGGACCAGGCAAACCGCCUCACCCUCGACCAGCUGAUCCUCGUGGCUCUCGGAUCUAUCACCAAGAACUGGGAGCUUAGCCAUGAAGAGAUCGCACGGGGCUUUCGGGGUCUAUGGGACUUCGUGGCCGAUGAAGCCCCGUCUUUCUGCGCCCCGGGGACCACUCACUGGCUUGGGACGUUCGCCAAAGCUACAGACUUGCUUCUGGAGUCAGACAAGCUGACGAUGGAGUCGGCGCUCCAGCUAAUGAGAUUUGCGGAAAGACGAGCCUCUCAUUUUGCCAUACCUUACUCGUCGCACUACCUCGUUCCAUCCAUGUUCGGGCUCCUCAAAUACAAAACGUGUUUUGAUCUGCUUACUCCCCAGGUCUUUGAAGAAUUGGGGGAGGAAGUUGUUGACAUCGAAUCGGCGGAUGUUUCCAUCCAGGAGGAUCCAAGCGAAGUUACGACGCGUGUCAUAAGUUGGACAGAAUCGACAGAAGACCUGCGCCUGUUCUCGAGCAUCAGCCACGAGCGAAACGUUUUCAGCGCUUUCACGGUGGGCGAGGCCGACCACAUCAAGAGGAACUUCAUCUUCUUGUUCGGUAACUCGGCUGCUGCCUUAUUCUACUCGAGGCAGCAGUCUCAGGACUCGACCGCCAGUCUUUCCUCGUUCAAAGACGCAGCUUUUACUCUCCCUGGAGCCAGCGUUCUGUAUUCCUCGACAGAAGAUUCCCAAAACUCACCACCCUCCUCAAACGCCUUCGAAGAUCUCGUCCACGAGAAUCCAGACCUCAACCUUCAUCAUCUGACCGGGCAACUAGAUCUGGACGAUCUCGCUACAGCGUUUAGCAGCAAGUGGUUUGACAAGCAAGCACUGCUGAGUUAUUUGCACGACUUCCUUUCCGACAAGAGUCGAGAUGUCGUCAGGACUUCAUUCCGUGCGCUGGCUACUGUUUCCAACAUUUACAAGUUGCUGCCCGACGCCACUACGCGGUUCAGGUGCGGCCGAAUCACUCGCCGCUCUAGGUUGCGCAACUUGAGCUUUCACCCAACUCUCGAGUCAUCUAAACUCGCCCUCGACUACUACCCCGACGAGCGCUUGGCCUCUCUUUUCAUGGAAACCAUUCUCCAUAACACCUCCAAGGCCAGGUUACAGCACCUCAUCACAAGAAACGCCCAGCCCCACGUCCCAAAACUGAAGUUUAUCGAUGCCGAUGUCGAGACUAAGGGCGUGGACGGCACCAACGGAACUCUCAAGACGGAUGGCGGCUUUUCUUCGCUUGAAACCGACGUCCGUCCUCGCCUUGUGCUUGAAGUCGGAUACUCCCAACCUCGUGACGCCCUCAACAAAAAGUGCGAAGAAUACAUUGUGGCUUCUGGACGUGUGCGCACCUGCAUCGCAGUGCUGGCAGAUGACGAUGCUGUUUGUGUGACGGACUGGACCCCUAUUGCGGAUGCCGACGUCUGCUUGGACCUCUGGCCUUCCGACUUUGGCCCGGCAAGCUCGGCGGAGGCUGAACAAUCUCUCUCCUUCGCUCGCCCUCCGAGAUCACACUCGGGCGACGCUUCACGCCGUGCCCCUGCCCCGAUCCGCAUUCCCUUUGCCGACAUCGCGACCUGCCUACGUCAAUCGAUUCGAGACAGCAUUCAAGAUCGGGACUCCAAGUCUCCGGUGAACCUACGGGCCAAGAAGCGAAAGCUCAACAACGAGAACGAGGACGCGCGCCGUAGCAGCCGUGUCAAGAAGAAGCUCGAAUUCCACUUGUAG